AUGUACGGUGCAUAUGCCGCGGGAUACGGCCAGGGCUACGGCCAGGCCUACGGCCAAGGCUACAGCCAGGGCGGCGAUCAAGGCUAUGCCCAGGGCAGCAGCCAAGGCUACAGCCAAGGCUACAGCCAAAGCUACAGCCAGGGCUACGGCCAGGGCUGCGGCCAGGGCUACGGACAAGGCUACAGCCAGGGCUGCGGGCACGGCGGGUACGCGCCUCCGGCGUAUCAGGCCGGUUAUGGGGGUCAUGCCCGGCCAGCCAUGCCUCCCCGCCCGCUGCCGGGAAUGGACCCGGCCUCCGGCAUCGUCUGGCCAGGCGGCCAGCGCCCACCUGGACCCAUCGUCAAGGCGGGCAACCUGGCCAAGGACAUCACUGUGCCCACUUUGAAGCAGGCACUCACGAAGUGGGGUGUUGACGGCAUCAAGGAGGUCCUCCUCACUGAUAGCCGAUUCGGACAAGUCGCACUUUUCACCUUCAAGGAGGUGGAGCAAGCUCAGCUCAUGAUGAUGGCGCAGGGGGUGGAGGUAUCGGGGCGGCCGCUGAUGCUCGAGUUCCUCCCGGCUCCCAGCAACGCCAAAGCCGCGGAGAAGAAGCCUGUGAAGGAGGCCAAGAUCGUGACCGAGAUCAUCAAGGUCUCCAACCUCCCCAAGAAGAUGGAGAAGUUCGAGCUGGUCACACACCUGCGCUCCCAUGGGGUGCUGGGCAUCUCACAGGUGGUUCUGGAGCGGCAAAACACGGCACUCGUCCGCUUCAACGAAGAAAGAGAUGUGCCCAAGGCCAUCGAGAAG